UCACAAGGUGUCUGUUGUGGGGAGAGGCAGGAAAGGAGUUUGUAAGCGGACUUUAGCCUUCUUACAGGAGAGAAAGAUGGGAUAUAAAUCCAAACUCUUCUGCUUCUGCCUCACUAGUUCACAGGAUGGGAAUGUCUGGUCUUAUGGCAGUAGCUGCAGGUCAACAGUCAGCAUUUAUACCUUAUGUGUAACACAGAAAUUAUGUUGCAAUGACUGUUUAGGGGAGUGUUCUUUGUCCGUCAGGCAGAUUCUGGCCCGUAGCCGCCUCCUGAGGGAAAACGGACGGUUCCUGACUCAUCAGGGCUUCCUCACGCGCAAACAUUACUUCAACAACCCAGAAAACGGCUUCCUCCGCAAAACGAAACGCAAGAUGCAGCUGCGAAACCCACUGACAGAUCCAACCAUGGUUACGGAGAUGCUGAAAGGGAACAUCAUCAACGUGCUUCCCAUGAUCCUCGUUGGAGGCUGGAUCAAUUGGGCCUUCUCCGGCUUUGUGGCAACCAAGGUUCCCUUCCCCUUGACCCUGCGAUUCAAGCCCAUGCUGCAGCGUGGAAUUAACUUGCUUUCCCUGGAUCCCUCUUGGGUGAGCUCCGCCUCCUGGUACUUCCUCAAGGUCUUUGGCCUGCGUCGGGUGUACAAUCUCAUCCCGGGGGAAGAGACGGCUGCGGAACAUAACCAGCUGCUACUGCAAGAUCACUUCCUGGGUCCCACCGUGCCUGCCCCACCUGACCCUAAUAAGGCCUUCAAGGCCGAGUGGGAAGCGUUAGAGCUCGUUUCUCACCACUGGGCUCUUCAGGAUGUAGAAGAACAACUGAUGGGCCAGGACCUCAAGCUGUCCGGAAGGUUUCGGCCCGACUGACACGGCUUUCGACAUCUGAGGGCCACAGUUUGAUGGGGCGGCUACGAGUCCCCAAAAAGGGAGCGGCGAAGGGCCACCCUGUCCUGCAUGGUGUGUUAAAAGUGUGGAAUGGCUUUUGGCUCGAGAAGCAGAGGAGAGCUGGAGCAGCAAAACAAGCCCUCGGUCCCUGCAGCGUGUGGUGGCAAGAAGGAGCCGGGACAGGAAAAAGCGGCACAUGGCGCCACUGCUCACCAGCCGGAGGAACAGAGCACGAAGAGAGGCAGCACCUCAGCUAUCCAAGCGUGUCUGUAGAUAGGCAAAUGAUUUGAGUGUUAAAAUGGGUAGCUGUAA